AUGUUGACAUCAGCAGCCCUCCUGGCUCUGGCCACGGCCGUCGCAGCGCGGAAAUGCCACGAUCUCACCAUCCCCAUCUCCAUCUCCUCCCGCAGCGCCGUCUUCAGCCUCGCGGCCCCCGUAACUGAAACUGAAGUCACCCAGUUCUUCAUCGACGUUGUUCGCCCCGGCUUCAACCUCACCGACAGCUACCUAACAGGAUAUGACACCAUCAGCGGCCACUACAACAUCGCCGCCACCUACUGCCAGCCCGACCACGGCCCAGGCACAACCCUCCAGAUCCUCACCCACGGCAUCGCCUUCGACCGCAGCUACUGGGACUCCCCCUUCAACAACCACGAAUACAGCUACGUCGCCCAGGCCGUCGACCAGCACGGCUACUCAACCUUCACCUGGGACCGUCUCGGCGUCGGCCACUCCUCCAAGGGCGACCCCGUCAACGAGAUCCAGCAGUACCUCGAGGUCGCCGCCCUCGCCGAGCUCUCCAAGCUCCUCCGCAGCGGCUCCGUCAAGGGCAUCGGCGCCAAGUUUUCCAAGUUCGUCCACGUCGGCCACUCCUUUGGCUCGGCCAUGACGUACAGCUUCAUCAACCAGAACCCCGACUUUAGCGACGCCGCCGUCCUCACCAGCUUCAGCCAGAACCCAAACUUCCUCGCCGGCUUCGCUCUCGGCGGGAACUUUAAGCCUGUUAAGGAAAUACCUUCGGUAGCGGGUUCGUAUCCUGCUGGCUAUGUGGGCGUGCCGUCUUCCAUUGGCAUCAACAUCCAAUUCUUCGCCCCCGACGACUUCGAUCCCAAGAUGCUCUCCUAUGCCACUGCGCACGGCCAGCCAACUACACCCGGCGAGGUCCUCACCAUUGGCACUGGCAGCGGCGACAUCAAUGCCUUUAGCGGAAAAGUCCUCAUCAUCACAGGAGAACGCGACGUUCCCUUCUGCGGCGGCAACUGCUCCGACACCGCCACCAUUCAGGGAGCGUUUCCCAACCUCAUUGCCGCCUCCGAGCCCUUCUUCUCCAACGCCACCUUCAGCUCGGUUGUCGUUCCCAAGGCUGGCCACGGCUUAAACUUGGGCUAUUCGUUCAAGUCUGCAUACGAUUCCAUCUUUGAAUUUCUGGAGUCGUCUUUGUAA